AAUUUUCUUCGAAGUUUUGGAGAAUUCACCUUAGAUGUAAGAAAGUCCCGUGAGUCUGACUAUAGAGUUUGAAGAAAGAGAAAUGAAUGAAGCCGCGGUAGUCAAUAUAUAGCAAUGUCUCGAUCGACUGGAUGCAGCAUUUAUCAGUGUUUAUUGCAAGUAGGAGCCAUCAACUAAGUAUUCCAUUUGUCUUGUUUACAAAAGAAUGGGUCUAACAACUGCAUCAGCAUAAUAUUUUGAGAAAGUGUUUGAAGAAAUAUGGAUAGAAUACCGACAAUAAAGGAAAUAAAUGAACUACUUCAGGACACAAAAAGUAAGACAAGAUUAAAAAAUGCAGCCCUUGUUGGGGUAAUCGACUAUUUAAGUGCCGGGUUUGAAAUAGGAGCAAUUGACUUGGAAUCAAAGUGUGUGAAAGGGGUGAUAUGCCGAAUUUCAGGACUUGAAAAUGAACUCUGUGCCUACGAACUAACUUUAAAGAAUUAUAUAUCUAGUAUACGAGUACCCAAGAGAUUCCCAAAAGGUGGUCCACAUCCCCAAUCAAAGACGGACAGUGGUAUAGAUAUAGGGCAAGAUCUAGAAACUGUGGAUAUCGAAGAUUCGACUUUUUGAAAUACUUAUUAAAAGCGCUGGAAGAGAAAACUUUUGUUUACAAUAUUCUUUUUCCCCAUCUUAACUUGGCGCAACUUCCCAAGUAUAUUAUUCUUAAGGAAAUCCUGUCAUAACGAAACAAGUCAUUAGAUUUUUUCCCCAAAAAUGUUAUUGAUUUUAUAAUAAAAUUUCAGAUGUUGAACAUAAAUUUUCAACAUUCGAUUUAUAAAAGAAAUAAGCCAUGUGGAAAAUUCAGACAAUGCAAUACUUUCCUUAUUCCUUUGAAUCAGUUUGAUUUGUAUUUGAAAGGAUCUUUUGAAUGAGGAAUAGUAAACAUACUUACAGUGUACCGGUAUUUUAAAGGUAACCUUAUUUACACCUUUUUUGCUGCUUUUUAUCCACUGUUUUUGUACGACCUGAUAUAUGAUUUAAGCUUAUAAGUGUCUUUAAAAAAACUUAAGCGCCAAGUAAUGAUUGCGCUAAUAAGUGUAAGAGAACUAGAUUGCUCAGUUAUGAGUACAGUAUUCAGGAUUUUGUGUAUGUGUGUGUACACAGAUGUUACAUGUAUGUAAUUAAUAAUAUAAUACUAUAAUUGUUAAAUGAAAUAAAUUGCAAGAUUGUUUUAGUUUAAGUAACAGUUUUUUUUUAGCUCACUUGAUAGAAGCUAAAGUGAGGGGUUUUUUUUUUAAUAAUUGUCUGACGUCUGUUUGUCAGUAGUUGACCUGCUUUUACGAGUACUCUUAUGAAGCAGAAUUCAUUCAAAAAUUUCAAAGUUAUUAAUUAUUCAUAGCAAAUCGCUGGUGUCAACCCGUGUCCUUUCAUGUAAACCUUAUGGUGUCAACCCAGGUAUCUCGAAAUUAACGCAAGUACAUGUAUCUCAAAAUUUAGUGGUUAUAAAUUCCUGAUGGUGUCAACCCUGGAGUUCAUUUUUAUUUUUCUAUAUGUGAGUAGCCCCCAAGAAGGCCGAAGAUGUAAUGUAUAAAUGAGACGUACGACAGAUUUGUUUUUGUGUAUGUUUUAGCAUGUUUUGAAAGAUUGUGAACAUAAUAGUUUUAUGUUUUGAUUUGUUUUUAAUAAAUGUUGAAAUUUCAAUUGCUCUUAUUAUAUGUAUGAACAUGUAGGCUUCAGAAACAAGGUCUCUUCACAAACUGUUGGAAUUUCGAGGACCACAAAUUAUGUUUCAUUAU